GAAUUGGAGAAACAUUUUGGUUACGAUAAUGUCGCACUAGACGCAGUUAGUACAACAUUGCUUCAGUUAAAGGCACUCGUCCACAGUCAAACAUUUGGUAAUCGAGUCUUUAGCAGAGACAGUGCAGCAGAUAGUAAGAAAGAUGUGUCGAUUAGUGUAGAACAGCCGAAGACAACGAAUAAAUUGACGCCUUACCUUUUUGAAGGUGAUAUUCUAUUAUCAAAAAAGCAAGCGGAUACGAUUCUUGAGAACGUUGCCAGCAAACCUUCUCGUAAGCGUAAUCGAGAUAAAUUAACAAAAUCGGAUCGACUGCGUCGAAGUUUUAGUAGUGAUCCCGAAGCAAAAUGGAUUGAAUUCCCUAUCAGAUAUCGAUUCCACGAAUCUCUUGCUAGCGGUGAUUUCAUUGAAUUUUUCAAAGGAGAAGGAUGCUACUCAGUUGUUGGUAGAUUCGGUGGUCGACAAGGACUUUCAGUGGGUGAAGGUUGCGAACGGAUUGGAACAAUAGAGCACGAAAUAGGCCAUGCUCUUGGCGUUUGGCAUCAACAAUCGAGGCCUGAUGCUAAGAAAUACAUUGAAGUUCUCAAAGAAUUCAUUUUGCCUUCGUAUAUUAGCGAAUUUCUUGAACGAGGUAAUGAUGAAAUCGACACAUUAGGUAUACCAUAUGAUUUGGGAUCAAUUAUGCAUUAUGGAUCGACUGCUUUUAGCGCUGAUCAGAAAAGUAAAACGGUUUUAACACGAGAUCCGUUCUAUCAAAAAACAAUUGGUCAGCGUGAGGCAUUAUCUUUUUACGAUAUAAUGACAAUUAAUGAAGCUUAUUGCAAAGAUAGAUGCAAGAAAGGUGAAACAGAAUGUUUGAAUGGCGGAUAUGCUCAUCCAUCCAACUGUAAAAUUUGUAUAUGUCCUAAUGGUUUUAGUGGUAAAAAAUGUGAAAAAAAUGAAAAGCCACUAGCAACGGAUUGUGGUGGUAUGUUAAAGGCAACAGACGAAUGGCAAGAGAUAGAAUCACCAGGCUACCCGGACCCUGGUUAUGAGUCCGGAGAAAAAUGCAGUUGGCUGAUCGAGGCUGCCGUUGGUAAACGAAUCGAAGUAGAAUUUAUUGAGGAUUUUGGUAUUUUUUGUGCGAGUACAUGUGUGGAUUAUGUUGAACUUAAAAUUGGAAAUGAUAUGAGAGCAACUGGCUUUAGAAUUUGUUGUUUCGAUAAACCAAAAGAUAAAUUAAUAUCAUUGCAAAAUAAGAUAAUGGUAAUCUUUCGGUCGGCAGUUGGUGAAGAUAUUGGUUUCAAAUUGCAAUUUAGACAAACAAAAAAACUUCCUAAAAUGGCAGAUAUGCCACAAUCAAAAGCAACUACAGGUUUUUUAAAACAUAUUUUUAUGUUUUUAUUUAAAAAAUCGAAUACCAACUUGAAAAUAUCUCUCUUAAGUAAUAUUCAAGUUGCAACAACUACGAUUGCUGGCGAAAAUAUAUGGAGUGAAUGGGGACCAUGGUCAGAUUGUUCAAGACCUUGCGGUGGAUGUGGGAUUAGAUCUCGAGUAAGGAUAUGUGCGACAGCGCAGUGCUACGGUAAAGGCCAAGAAUUCUCUACAUGCAAUCUUAUUGCUUGUCCAGUAGAUCCGAAAUGUUCGAAAGUGAAAUUCUUAAACAGAAUUUGUGUUGAUAGUCGAGUUUGUACGCAUCUAUCAGAUGCAAUUAAUUCAUGUAGUCAACCGAGUUGUUGUCCUCCUUUUUAUGCGGUUAAUGGUAUGUGUCAAAGCGAUGAACCCGUGCUAAGUUCAUUUGUGUUCUAA